AUGGCGGGUACGACGGUAUCUCGCGCUCUCCUCCUGCUCCUCGGCGUCGUCCUCACGGCGCAGCUGUGCGGGUGCACAGCGUACGUCGGUCGCGGUGAGGGGUUCAGCGUGGAGUUCAUCCACCGGGACGAUGUCAGGUCGCCGUACCACGACCCGUCCCUCACCGCGCACGAACGCGUGCUCGGCGCCAUCCGGCGGUCCACGGCCCGCGCCGCGGUGCUCGCGCCCUCCCAUGUCCGCGGCGAUGACGACGCCCCCGCCCCUUCCACCGACGGCGCCGUGAGCGAGGUCACCUCCAAGCCUUUCGAGUACCUGAUGGCAGUCACCGUCGGCACGCCGUCCACCAGGAUGCUCGCCAUCGCCGACACCGGCAGCGACCUCAUCUGGCUCAACUGCACCGACGACACUGGUAAGGACGCGCCGCCGCCGACCGGCGUGUUCUACCCGGAUAACUCGACGACGUUCGGCCUCGUGGACUGCGAUUCCGGCGCGUGCCGCGCGCUCAACGACGCCUCCUGCACCCAAUCCAACCAUUGCAAGUACCUCUACUCCUACGGAGACGGCUCCCGGACCAGCGGCCUCCUGUCCACGGAGACCUUCACCUUCGACGACGGCGUAGCGAGGCACAGUGACGAGGCAGCCUCGUUGCGGGUGGCCAACGUCAACUUCGGCUGCUCCACUGAAAACGCCGGCACGUUCCCGGCGGACGGCCUAGUCGGCCUCGGCGGCGGCGAGCUCUCCCUCGUCACGCAGCUCGGCAACGACACCUCCAUCGGCAGGAAGUUUUCCUACUGCCUCGUCCCCUACGGCUUGAACGCCUCAUCAGCGCUCAACUUCGGCGCCCGCGCUGACGUGACGGAGCCGGGCGCGGCCACCACGCGGCUUGUCCGCUCCGAGAUCGAUACCUACUACACCGUCAAGCUCGAGUCCAUCAAGAUAGGCAACUCCUCCUUCAAGCCGCACGGGUCCUCCCGCAUCAUCGUCGACUCUGGCACGACGCUGACGUACCUCGACAAGGAGGUUCUUGACACGCUGGUGAAGGAUCUGACCAAGCGGAUCAAGCUCCCCAAGGCGGAAUCGCCGGAGAAGCUGCUGCAGCUGUGCUUCGACAUCAGCCAUGUGCGUGAGGGGCAGGUCGAGGCGUCGCUACCGGACGUGACGCUGCAGCUGGGCGGCGGCGCGGCGGUGACGCUGAAGGCGGAGAACUCGUUCGUGGUGGUGCAGGAGGGGACGAUGUGCUUGGCGAUGGCGGCGGCGUCGCAGCAGAACCCGGUGUCCAUCCUUGGGAACAUCGCGCAGCAGAACAUGCACGUCGGGUACGACCUCGACAAGCGCACCGUGACCUUCGCCCCAGCCGACUGCGCGAGCUCCUACGCCUCCGCUCCUGCACCGUCGCCUUCGCCUUCGCCGCAGUAG